CGUUAGUUCAAUUACUCUCAGCCUAUCAAUGUGCAUGCUAGUGGACCCUUACCUCCUUCGAUGACUCGAAUGCCGGCUUGGCAACUACUGUCAUUGGCGCAUGCCCUAACACUUAAUAAUUCUGGAUAUCUGAAUAUGUCGGAAACUCUUUGCAUUGCCUUUCUGAGUUCGCCACCAGCCAUCGGUGCAGGCUGUACUCAACCAAGGUCCACGGGUUAUGGUCUGGCAUGGAAAGGGAGAUUUCGGAUCUGGGAAGCUAUAAAAUACCAUGCCUGGCCCUAUGGAUAGUAGAAAACGAUCCCAGCCCUCCAUCUUCAAUCCAACCGCCAGCAUGCAAUCCUUCAAUCCAUUCGCUGAUGCCUCAGCCUUCGGCUACAACGAAACUACAAGCCCAAAUCACGCCCCUGGAACUUCAAGUUCUCGCGCUUCGACCGCGUGGUGGUCUGGACCCAUUGUUAAUGGUCCAUCAGACCAGUACUUCCCGGGUGGCUUCACCUUUCCUCCAGAGUCUUUGGUAAUGCAGAACUCUGGAUACCAGUACCAUGUGAACGAUAAUACGGCAUUCCAGAGCAUUCCUGAGAACUCUAUGUUAUCACACUCAGAGACAGCAGAUGAUAGAACGCUUUACUAUCCUCAAGAUCUAUGGUAUCCUCCGCCUGAGGAUGACAACCUAAACCAAGGGAACCAAUGCGGACAGCUUCCGUGGUUCAACUCAGACACAUUCCCUCCGAGUCCAUCCUUGCAAAUGAUGAUGUCACAGUCGCCGACGGAACCAUUACCUAUCAUGAUGCCGUCUCAAGAACAACCGGCCCUUUCUGAAUGCGCAUGGGUUGAAGAUGGUAAACUGUGUGACCAUCCCAUUUCUCAUGACAAACGCAGACUUGGCAUACAUCUUCGCGACUCUCACGGUGUGCAUGGAACCGACAAGAAACCUGUUGUGUGCUCCUGGCAGGGUUGUGAUCAGAAGAUGCAAAGAGGCGCUAUCGGACGGCACAUCAUUAGCUGCCACCUGAAAGCUAGAUGGACCUGCAAGAAUUGUUCCAAGACGUAUUCUCGCCGCGACGCUAUGAAGAAGCACGCCAAGGACUGUCAAGCCGCAUAGGCUUAGCCGCUGACAACCAGCAUCACACCUUCUCGCUCGUUAUCGUAUCACUUUCUUUUGAUGACUAACACCAAUCAUUUCCUAAUGCAAUGUUUCUCUUCACCGCUGCUGUAUUACCACAAACUCAAACUUACGGCAUGAAACAUGGCUAGUAUACCCAUAAUGUAGUAGUAUAUCUUGUUAUCGACACUCCUUCAAUGAUGUAUUUAUUAUAC